UUUUCACACUGCAUUGACUAACGUGUUGUCUGAACUGAACCAGAUUCUUGCUUCUGCAUCUUGUUUGGAAAUCAUGCUGUGUGUUUGUUUCCUAGGGCUAAAUCUCUAAAUCUAGCAGCUGGAACUACCCAGCUCCCAGCUCUGAAUCAGGAUCUCUGAAUGCGAAGAGCUGUACUGACAGUGUCUUAGUCCGAGUGACAAAGCUUCACCCCACAAGCAAGUUAAACACCAAUGGGAGCUUAGCAACAGUGUGAGGAGGCCGGGGCAGUCAACUCUUCCCUCCCUUCUGAUAGAUUUUUCACCAGAGGACAUGGAGCUUUCUGCGAGUGAACUCAGCAUUUACGAUAAACUCUCAGAGACCAUUGACUUGGUGAGACAGACUGGUUAUCAAUGUGGUAUGUCAGAAAAGGCCAUUGAAAAAUUCAUCAGACAACUCUUGGAAAAAAAUGAGCCCCAAAGAGGACCCCCACGUUACCCUCUUCUGAUGUUUCUCUAUAAGGGACUGGUUACCGUGGGGUUAGUUUUACUAACUGCGUACUUCAUGAUCCAGCCAUAUACCCUUUCACCACCUGAAACUACACUUUCCAGAGCCCAUGCGUGGGGCUCUCUCAUUAGUCACAUCAGACUGCUGCCUUUACCCAUUACCAAGAAGUAUAUGCUUGAGAAGUGUCAAGACUGGUGGGGCUUAGAUUGUAGACGGAACACGUCUCUGACUGUCAACUGCUCCUGCUGCUGUUCUUUGAAAAGUCUAGUGGCGACAGCUGACUUAGGGCAGCUGUCAGAAAAACUCCUGCAACCGCAGCCUGUCUUGAUCAAGACAGGACAGUACCGGUCUUAUGCAGAAAUGAAUCAUUUUCAGUAUCUGUAUCCUGAAUUGACAGAUUUUGUGAUACGAGAAGAUUCAGCUGAGGUAUGGAACAGCCAUCUGCGGCAGCAACUUCCAUUUCACAUUUUACGGCAAAGCCCUAUGAAUAAAAGUCAGAUACUGCAGGAGAUUUUCCCCAUCUUCACUUCACUGAUGUUUCCAAAGACGUUUUCCCUGAAAAGCUGUUUUCUCAUCCAACACCCAAGACUUCAGGAUAAAACAUACAGGCUGCAGAGUGUCUUUGUGGUUGGAAGUGGCCGGCUUACCUUGCAUGUCACCCCUUCUUCAUUGUGCAGAGGACAUUGCGAGACGCUGACAGUGGAACUGGAAGCUGGGGAUGUAGGUUUUGCAAAUGUGGACUACUGGACAAUAUUCUUUAACGCCAAGGGAUUGGAACCCACUGUUGUUUGUGAUGGAUCUGGCAGUUAAAAACUAUGAAAAACAUUGCAAUGUAAGAGGACUUGGGAUCAAAGGCAAGGAACAAACUACAAAAGAGAUGAGGAUAGUUUAGCCACAGUUUCCAGGAAUGUGUUCCCCUUAUUCUUUGCAUCUGCAGUGAAGGAAGCCAUGCACUUUGACAAGGCAUCUUCUCCUGACUUUCGAGAUAACUUUGGACUUUCCCUCAUAUGUCUUGUUAGGAACUAGAGGGGUCACUUCUCUCUAGUUUUGUGUAGAUGUGUUCUUGAAAGCAGAUGGAGGAGGGGGAGAUCUGUAAUAUGUUCUUUGUGAACACGGUCCUUUUGACAUUACAGGGAGAAUUCUCACAACAUACACAUUUCCAGACAUCCUGGAGAGGUAAUGUCAGGGCUGCUGGCUCUGGAUCACUUCAACAAAAGGAGCAAGCGACUGAAAUGUCAUCUGAGAUCCAAGGACACAACUGUCCUGUGAAGAAGGCGUUUGCUCAAGUCCUUGUUCUGUGUUACAGUUCUGCAAUAUCACAAUAUUUAGAUACACUUUCCAAUGAAAAAAUCGUAAUAUCUCUCUACCUAACAAAACACUGGUGUGACUUUAUGUAGUCAUCUUUCAAAUGUGUGUAGUUGAGGUGUGGUUCAUAUACCUGACAAGGAGAAACACUUUGGAAGUUUAUUUUUUCUAUUUCUCUUCACUAAUGUUUAAAUAUUCUUGCUGCUUCCCUGGUCUGGAUCAGUUUAAUGCCAAAUCCAAGAUUUUUUCAAAGUGACUAAUAAUUGCAUGAAGCAGCCAAAUUUGCUAGAGGGCUGGCUGUUUCUUUCUUUCAGAACAUGCUGAACACUAUUCCCCCGCCCUUGAAAAUCAGGCCUUUUGGAGGCGUCAAGGGAGGGCAUCCCAAAUCAAUAACGAUUUUUGUGUAUUGUGAUCAUGUCCACCUGAACCUAGGAAAUUAUAUGCCGAAAACUUCCAUGCAAAUGUUGCUUGAAUACUGUCCAACUCUUGUUUAAAAUAUGCUGAUUUGUGAGCAGGAUUGGAACAAGCAAACUCUGAAGGUUUUUUUUGUUGUUGCCAUGAAUAUGUUUACCCUCUCCUCUUUCCCUGUGUUUUGAUAGUGUUUUUUCACAUCUUAAUCGAUGUGUUAGAAUGCAUGCUGAUUAUUCUUGAACUCCUUCCAAACUUUGCGCAUUUGCUCUCGCUACUCAUGGGCUCAUCUGUCCGGUGUCUUUAGAGAGGAUCAGUUUCAAGCAUGUGCUGUCUAGAGUUGUUGUGCUUCCCAGGAGUGAAUCUUUAGGUUCCUGCUGUGUUAAGUUAAUUUGCAGAUGUGUCAGCCUGAAGUCAGAACCCAGCAGCAAUGUCUGGGGCAUACAUUUUAACGUGUUUAUGAGUUUUUGGGGAUUUUUUUGUUUUCAAACAAGCUAACAAUGCAACUUUCCAAAUGAGAAGCAAAAAUGUGUUAAUUUGUAAAUAGAGGUCAGUUUCAAAGAAAGGAUUGGAACGAUAUCUCUUCCUUGGUUAGAAAAGUAGGCUGGAUGUAUUAUUAAUUGUAUGACAGUAGCGGCUAAUGGCCCCUAUGAAAAUCAAGGCCUCAUUCUCCUGGGUAGGAUGCAAAGUGACAAAAGUUGUCUUUAGCCCCCCUGUUUCUGAUUAUGUGUGCAAAAAUGUGUAACUGAUUUGUGGAAUGUAGUGAGAGACUAGCUUAUGACAAUGAAGAGUUAGAUCUGUUUACGUUUAAAAGAUCGGUAUAUAAAUAGGAAGCAGCAUUGUGGAGGUUUGGGUUUUUGGAGGGUUGGCAUUUAAUCUGCCUCAUCCCCCAGUAUUUCCCUUGACCAGAUGGCUGAUCAGUUUUUCUUCCCCUUUCUGUUCUAUAAUGGAAACUAUCAGACUUUGUAAACUUGCUUUAGGUUGCAAAGAAAAGCAACAACACACUCAAACCUUCCCCCCUGCUCUCCAUCCGAGUUACAUAUCAUCGUUAAAUAUGUAUGUGAUGUAUAGUAAGAAAUAUGUGCUGUUUGCUUUUUCAUUAGUGUUAAAUUAAGAGAAUUUUAAUUUAUAACCAUUUCAGGAUAUCAUGUUGAUCUAAUCUGGUUAAGACACAACCAAUCCUAUUGAUGUUUACUCAGAUGAAACUCCCACUUUGUUUAGAAGAGCUUCCUCCCAAAUAGAGGUACUUCAGUCCUAUAGCCACUUACCUGGGGAAAGCCCAUUGAACUCAAUAGCAUUAGUUAGCUAUUAGCAAUAGUCUACUCAAUAGCAGACAUGUAUAGCAGUGCUUUGCUACUCAGACAAUGGAUGACAGGCUUCAUUCUAUAUGAUUUAACAAGAAUUCCAUGCUUGACAACUUCAUAUACUUUGGCGGCUGUUUUGUUGUUGUUGUUGUUGUUGUUGAUGUUGUUAAUUUAUACUUUGAAGCUAGCAAGUUUCUUAAGUACUUAAAGUUUUUUCUAAGGAAUCAUGUAGAUAUUCAUAGAGAAUGCUUUAUAGAUCUACACAGAGAAUAUAGCAUUGAACUGUGCAUUGUCAAAGUUUGUUUCUCAAACAAGUAAUGCAAGAAACAGAUCCAAGCAGAAUUUCAGAUGACUUAAAUACAAAGAUUGAAGAGCCUUCUUAAUGUACAAAGGUAUAGACACCAUUUCUCUUUUAGUGGUGAAAUGCCUGUGUUUCAGGGAAUUAUGUCAGUGAUACUGACUAUUUAAUAGCAGGGGUGGUGGUGAUGGAAUCAAUUGGUCUUAGAAUCAACCUCAGGGCCUCUAGAGAGCAAUGGUUUUAAAGGCCAUUUUAUACAUGUGCUGCACAAGUGUUCCCAUAAAAAAAUGUUUUCUCUCUUCCCACUUAAAUGCAGAUCAAAAAUUGUUAGUGUGUUGGACAGGAGAGAAUGAAUCCAUCCUGCUUACGGACAGGCUUUCCACGUGCACUGUGUCUUUUGCAUAGAUUUCCAGAUCUGUGUCUAGGAGGUGCUGUGCUCAUGUCCAAGCCCCAUUCCCUCUGGAGUUUGCAUCAUUUGUUUUCAAACUUCCAGUACAUUUUCUUUUCUCUUCCACAAGCUGCAAGGAAUUAAAAGCAGAAGUAAUUGCUCAAUAGGAAUCAGAGGUCCAAGUUCUCUGAUUUUCAGCUGAUUAAGAACAUUUAACUGGAUCAGAGUUUUCUUGCCUGAUCUGGAAUGCAAACUACAUUCUAAAGCAUGUUUUAGCACCUGCACUUAUCUCUUUCUGCAAUGGCCAGAGAAAUUGUGUUGUCACCUUUCAGCUUUGAUCAUAGAUGAGUGGACGAGUGUGAAAAAGAAAUCACAAGAAUACAAGGUUUAAAGCUGAUGGGAAUUAUUUUUCUAAUCCAGAAAGUUUCAAGAGUCAGAAAUUGUUCUACAGACACGUUAGCCUUAAAAACCCUAAAAACACCCUAAAAGUAAUUGGUGUUUGAUGCACAAUCAGAAUUGAAUGCAUUCUAAAAGUCAGCAGGUUGAGGAAGUUGGACAAAUUCCAAGUUUUGUUAUAAUUUACAAUGCUUAUUGACACUCGUUGUUAUAGAGCAUCUCAGCAUUGAAAAGAUACAAAUAUUGGCUCUUGCUAUUUGUCAUACCUCUGCAAUCUUUUAUAUUGCUUUUACUGUUGCAUGCCUUUGAUAGAUUCCUUCCUGCAUAAAACGUUUUGGGUUCCCUGUGUGAUCGUAGCUGUAUUCCUUGGCCUGCUCUUAGUCUCAUUUGGAGAAGCAAACCGUCUCUUCUGCUGUGCUGCAGUGUUUACAAAGAUCAAUGUUUGUCUGAACUCGCAAUGCAUUCCUGAGUUCUGUAACUGGAAUCCUAAGGACAAGCUCAUCAUGGUGUUGAGGGUUGGCACAUGUGGUUGCUACAGCUCACAAGCCAAAAUAUGAAGCUUGUUUGCCAGUUUCUUAAUAAUGAAAGAUUUUUCCUUAUGAGCAAAUCACGUUGCCUUGGUGAAUUGACAUGACAUAAUAGCAAGAAGAGGUGAAUGUGAUGGGAGAAAUCUAUUAAUCACAAACUGAGACUUUCGCAGCUUCCUAUGUGCUCCUAAUUUCAUGGAUAUUUGGUGUUCAAAUCAUCAUGGCACCCCUCCUCCCACCAUGGCAGUCUUCAAAUUUUAAAAGGGCCCUGUGCAACUUUUCUAGAGCAAAAUGGAUCUGGGAGCCAAGUGGCUUUUUCAGCCUUUCUCAACAAUUGCAGGGAUAGCAUAAAGCUUGAUGCAGGAUGGGAGAAGAUACGAACAAUGUAUGAUUAAUCUCUCCCAGUGGAGAGCUUAAGAUCUGAAAGAAAUCCUGGACCUAAAACUUCAGCAGGCUGUAAUUGUGAAUUAGGGCUUGUUGGGGUUAGGCCUUCCUUGAUUUCACUAUUCUGCCAGGCGGAGAGCACCCUCGCUAUCAAUCAGCUGCACUGCAGACUGAUCAAUCACUACUGUAGUACCAUUAGUCCCAGAGCCAGGAAGGUUUUAUUUACCCCAGUGAGUGCAAAAGCUUAGUGAAUAUUAUUUGUUUAUAUAUGACAUAAGUGUCAAAGAAAAGUGAGUCUUACAAAAUUCCAAUGGUGGGGGGUUGUGUGAUAAUGUAGUUGCCACAUUUAAAUAUGCAUAACUUCGAAACCGUUUAUGCUAAAGAGAUGAAUUUUUUUCUGAAAUGUUUCAAAUUUAAUGACAAAUAUUUUUUGUAAUUACACAUUUUUGUUAACUCCAUUCGUUUUUGAGAUAAUUUCAUUUGAACAUAUAAAAACAGUGUUCGCUUUGGUUAUGUGUGACAUUUAAUCAUGAUUUACUCAAAAACUAGGACUUUCGAAAGAAUACUCAAGAACAAAAAAGUUGCAUUUUUAAUGAGGAUUAAGAAAAUGUAUAAUAACAUGGGGUUUACACCAACACUUAGGGAAUUAUGAGUGAUAUCUCAUUAUAAGUCCACUUUCUCAGGAUUGUAUGAUUUUACCAUGGAAGUCAAGAAAUGCUUUGAAUGGAAGGCAUGUAGAUCUCAGAGUUUUCAACUUCUUUUUUUGUUUUUUGGUAUAUUUUAUAUAGGGAAAUAUAUAGUUCCAGAAAAUGAUUGGUCUUUUAAGGAAAACGAUAUAAUUUGCUCUUUUAUUGAAUGAGGGAAAUGUUGGGCUUUGCAGAUGCUUUUGAGACUUGAACAAAUGUCUUUUUUUUAAAUGUUGUUUGUCCAUGCAGACAAUAUGGGAUAAAAUGGCUUACUAUUAUCCAUAUACAAUGGCUCAGGGGUGACAGGGAAAUAGUGCUCUGUGUGUGUGUGUGUGUGUGUGUGUGUGUGUGUGUGUAUGACAAGCAUAUGCCCCCAAGUAUGGAUCUUUUCAUAUGAAAGAAUGUAAAUAUGCAAUUCAUGCAGAGUUUUAUGGACUAUUAUAAAGUAAUAUAUUGCAACUUUUUGUAAAUAUUUGGGAAAUGCCUGUAAAGAGUAAAUAAGUAAGAUUUGUAUGUUUGGGGUCAGGGGUCAAUUUUUACUUUUUGCAAUUAAAUACCACUGUUGAUGCACUUUCCCCAAUGUGGCUUUUCUUCCUUAUUAAAGAGACGGUUUCACUAGCAA